UCCUGUUGUUUGGCAAGAUUGUGAAAGUUUUGGAGUUUAGUUUAGAAGAAUUGAAGUAAAAGUGUUUCCAUAAGAUGGAUGAUGACGAAAGAACAAUUUGGUGCGGAAAUUUGUCCGAUAAAGUAACAGAAGAAAUAUUGUAUGAACUUUUUCUUCAAGCUGCUCCUUUACAACGUGUAAAUAUUCCACAAGACAAACAGGGACGUAAAUCUAAUUUUGGUUUCAUAGUAUUCAAACAUGUUCCGUCUGUUGAAUAUGCAGUUCAAUUGUUGAAUGGGACAAACCUGUUCGAUAAGCCUUUGAAUUUAAAACCUAGAUCAAAAGCAUCAGUUAAUGAUAAUAAAAAGUUCCAAUUCCAAUCUAGGGAUAGAUUAGAUGAUUCUCAUAGGAGGGAUAAGCAUAAUGAUUAUAUGGAACAAGAUUGUGAACCAAACUUUCAAAAUCUCAUGCAAAUGGGACAAAUGAUGAGAGUAUCACCAACUCAACCUGCCUACUCAUCAUCUGUAGAUAGAAGGGGAAAUAAUUUCAACGAUUUUAGGAAUAAUCGGAAUCAUCAAAGAGAAGAUCGAAAACCGUAUUCAAGAAACAAACCAAAAUUCAAUAGUAGAAAUCACAACCGUAGUUUUGAUAGACCCCGGUAUUAUUGAUUUCAGCUUUUGUACUUGUGUAUGAAGUUCUUGAAACAUGGAGAACUCUUGAUUAUUCCUUGUAUCAAGGAAUUGCAAUUUAUGUUCUACAACAAAUUUUUUGUGUAGUUUAUCUUAGAUUGUGUAUAUAAUGUUGAAAAAGCUUGGAAUGAAUAAGUUAAUAUUAAUAAAUUAACUUUUUGUGGUGAAAACCUUUGGAUUAAAUUUCAAUAUAUGUAAGCUAUAUUAAUCUUAUUUGUAUUUCAUUUUAAAAGUAGUUAAGGUCAAAUUGUAGAUACUUUUGAUAAUAAAAUUGUUGUUUAAACUUA